AUGGAUCAAGACCGUCCUCACCGCCGCCGCCGCCGCCGACGGCACCGUAACCGCUCCGGCGAGGACUACAUCAGCGGCCUCCCUGACGAGCUGCUGCACAGCAUCCUCCUCCGCCUCGGCUCCACCCGCGCCGCGGCACGCACCAGCGUGCUCUCCCGCCGCUGGCGCCCCGUCUGGCGCCACCUGCCCGAGCUCGUCUUCGGCAACGGCAGCCACGACGCGCCGCCGCCGACACCGGCCUCGUUCCUGGACGCCGUCGAUUCCGCCCUCGCCGCCUACGCCGCCCCGACCAUCCAGGGACUCGUCAUCGUCCUGUCCACCGCCGCCGCCGGCCUCGGCGUCCCGGCCGGACGCGUCGCGCCGUGGCUGCGCUUCGCCGCGGAGCGCGUGGCCGUCGAGCUCGUCAUCUUCGUGCCUCCUCCUCCGAUGCAUCGGCAUCAAACCUGGCCGGUAGUCGAUUGGGAAGACGAUCUGCUCGAGCUUCCUGCUUGUGAAGAGGCUGUGCUCGAGCUUCCUGCUUGUGAACGAGCGAAAACAAUGGCGCUCCGCCUCAAACAACAUUGGCGGCUCCGGCUUCCGCCGGCCGGCAUGUUCACGGCGCUCACCAGCCUGACGAUACUCUUUGCCAGCAUGGAAGGCAGCGAGGUCACAGCCCUCGUGUGCACGCGUUGCCCGUGCCUGAGGAACCUGAGACUCAGCCUCACGUUGGUCGAUGCCUCCAACGUCUCCAUACGCUCCGACUCGCUGCAGUCGCUGAGCUUCUGCGUCAGGAAAACACGGCGGCUAGAGGUCGUCACCCCAAGACUGGAGAACCUCUUUGUAGGUGACUACAUUGACGAGGCUCGUAUCUCUGCACCAAAGCUUGAAGGGAUAUUCUGGCGUGCCACCCCCUACGACCCUCACCACCACCGGUUUGAUGAUGUCGGCCGUCGCCUCCAGCUGCUAGACAUUGGUGAUUGUUUUAUAACAAUGGCGUCGCUGAUGCAGAGAUUCGAUGAAGUCCAUGAACUGAAACUGUCUAUUCCACAGGGAAUGAUGGCGUAUAAAAGCUUCUUGGAUGAAACAAACAAGCUGCCCAAGUUAUCUGCUUUACAUUCAUUUCGUGGAUCUAGAGAGACCCAACUGAACACCGCAUCAUAA